AUGUCCCUUAACGAUAGAGUCGAUAAACACCGCAAUGACACAUUCCACGCUGGCAGCUCCCACCUUCAAUACACUCUGGUCCGAACAGUCCAGUUUGGCACCCCUCAUCAUGUGUCUACCUGGAAGGUCGCGACGGAUCAUAGCAUUAAUUUUUCCAAGGAGCCGCUACCCACGGAGUGGGAGCGUGUCAGGACGAACGUGUCAAUAAUUCUUCACGACAUCAGUGAAGCCCAUUACACACGUUCACCAAAGACACAUGACAGUGGUCGUAUCCUUCAGAGUUUCGUGUGGUUCCCACCUGCAGUGUUGUUUCCCAACUUUUGCGGAUUGGAAUCUGAGGCCGUGUCUGAGGAUCCUUGGAACGCAUCUGCAUGGUCGACGAAACGCAAUGGGGAUGGUCCUGCGCUCCCCAUACCAUUUCCCUCCCAAUUUUUCCGGCAUUUGCUCAAGUUCAGCAGACUGUCGUCUUUUCUAUUCGUCGGGAACUACGACCUUGACGACGCCUCCAUGCAUGAUUCUUGCUGGGCAUUCGGGCAUUGAAGUCCACCUCAGAUAAACGUGGCACUCGUAACGCCACCAUUAGCGCCAAGAAUCGCCGCACGCAC